AUGGCACCGGCAGACUGCCCUCGUGACGCGUCACUAUUUGGGGCACAGCUUUCAGCAUCACCACAAGCUACUCCACGGUCGGAAACAAGCGCCCGCGGACCACCCUCUGGGACGGCAUUAAGGCGUUCACCACGCUACAGUCCAUAUCGAGCAGGUAUGUCGUACACCAGCACUUCUCAACCUUCUACACGACCGUCUGAAGCAACGAGGAGGGUGGAAUUUUCACCUCAGCCUCCAUCGUCGACACCUUCACGACCCCCGCGCUCUCUGGCCCUGGUCAGGCGAUCUCAGCCGUCCCCGGUGAAAACUGGACGUCCAUGGGACGAGAUUUGGCAGCACUACGAUGUGGAGCGUGAAAACGGAAAGAAGCACGGACGCUGCAAAUACUGUGGUAUCCUAAAGAAAAAUGGCAAGCCCAGUGGUAACCUACUAAACCACCUCAUAAAGGGUAAACAGCGCCGUAAUGUUCCUGCUCAUGUGGUGGUCUCAUUACGGCCAGCGACAUCUGCAAUGCAACCCCGUCCCAAACGUCAGGAGCUGAAGCUGAACAGUCGACCGUACCAAACCAACUGA